AUUUAUUUCAAAACACCCAAUGACCCACGUUAUCUUCCUAGAACUCUUCAAAGAACAAAAUGGCAAUUUACAACACACCGCCCUUGGACAAGAGAAUUUUAUUUUGAUAAUGCUCCUGGUAAAACUGUUCCAGUUCAUUACAUAGAACCAAUAAAAGAAUGGAGUUUUUUUCGAGGAGAUCGGGUAAAAAACUUGAUAAUAUACUUAAAAUAUCAUACGUUUAGCCGUUAUUGGUUAAUAGUUGAAAUUUUUUAUCAGGUUGAAGUAUUGAAAGGACGUGAUAAGGGUAAACAGGGCUUAGUUCAAAUGAUUAUUCAAGAAAGAAAUUGGGUCAUGGUGGAAGGCUUAAAUACAAAACUUGUAUCAAUGGGUAAAACUAAAAAAUUUCCGGGAAUCUAUGUCUUAGAAGAGCAACCAUUGUUGGUAACUACAGAUGUGGCUUUAGUAGAUCCAAGUGAUAUGCAAGCUACAAAAGUCCAAUGGAGAUACACUGAAGAAGGAGAAAAAGUUCGUGUAUCUACACGAACUGGACGAAUUAUUCCAAUACCAUUAAGUAAUUUAGAAACUAUGGAUUAUAAACAUCCAAAUCUUUACCGAGAGCAAUCAAAAGAUACAACCAAAGACAAUGUCGAAAAAAUUACUUUCAAGCCAAUCUUAAAAACUUUCGAGAUGGAUAUCAUGGAUAAAAUGAAUAUUAAAGAAGAGCGAUUACCUAAAAAAACUUAUUGGUAUUAG